AUUUUCAUUUGCAUUCUUGUUUCACAACAGAGCGCCUUUCAUCUCCUGCCAGCGCUAGGCAGAGGGCAGCGGGGCACCGUCUACACAUGGGCACUUUCUUCUUUUAGCCUCUGGAGCCCAUGUGGGUAACAGCUCUGCUGAGGUGGCUGCUCAUCUAACAUUAGCUUUAACCAAGCGGCGCGGCUCUUCUACCACCCCCUAAUUGCUAUAAGUGUAACAACCCCGUCCGAUUUGUCAUUCAGCUGUUGUCGACAGGAAACCACUAACAGCAGUCAACUGACACAGCCAAGAAUUUGGGUUUCUUCACUCUCUCUCUGUGCUUUAAGGAUUAAAACAUAUCCAGAAGAGCUUAUGUGCUUAAGUACACACCCAGCAAAGGAUUUUUCAACUCUGGAUGACUGCUAGAAGUUAAAGGGCUAUGCUAUAACCCAGCCAAGGAACGGACCGAGGAUGGGUUUACUUGGGAGCAAAAACCAGCAUAUGCCCAAGGAGCAUUGCGACGGCGUGAAUAAGCAAAAGCAUCACGUGUUUUCUAAGAAGAGGCCUCCACCACCACCCCCGGUCAGAUCCAGGAAUUGUGCCUCACAUUUCAGCCAGUCAUCAGCCCAAGAGGACCACAUUGUGAUUGCCCUGUAUGACUUCACCUCCAUGAGCGACCGAGACUUGGAGAUGGUCAAGGGAGAGAAACUUCAGAUCCUUUCAUGCGACGGUGACUGGUGGCUGGCAAAAUCUCUCACCACGGGGAGGAAAGGUUAUGUCCCCAGUAACUUUGUUGCACAGGUGGAUACCUUGGAAGUGGAAAAGUGGUUUUUUAAAACUAUUAGCCGAAAGGAAGCCGAACGACUGCUUUUAGCUCCUGGUAACAAAGCCGGCGCUUUCCUUGUACGAGAGAGUGAAACGUGCAAAGGUGCCUAUUCCCUGUCUGUGAGAGACAGUGGUGCUUCCAGCGGUGAUAUCAUCAAACACUACAGGAUCCGCACCCUGGACGGCGGGGGGUACUACAUCUCCCCAAGGACCGCCUUCUCCUCGCUGCAUCAGCUCAUCCAUUAUUACUGCACCAAGGGGGAUGGUCUUUGCCAGAAGUUGACGGUCCCAUGCACAUCACUGAUUCCCCAGAGACCCUGGGCUCAGGAUGAAUGGGAGAUCCCACGGGAGUCCUUGAAACUCGUGAAGAAACUUGGUGCCGGGCAGUUUGGGGAAGUGUGGAUGGGCUAUUACAAGAACAACGUAAAAGUGGCUGUGAAGACCCUGAAGGAAGGCAGCAUGUCCCCAGAUGCCUUCCUGGCUGAGGCAAACCUUAUGAAGAGGCUCCAACAUGACAAGUUGGUCCGGUUGUAUGCCGUGGUCACCAAGCAGCCAGUCUACAUCGUGACAGAGUUCAUGGCCAAUGGAUGCUUGCUGGAUUAUCUGAAGACUGACGAAGGAAGCCAGUUGACUCUCUCGAAACUCAUUGACAUGUCGGCCCAGGUGGCCGAAGGCAUGGCAUACAUUGAGAGAAUGAACUCCAUCCACCGCGACCUGAGAGCAGCGAACAUCCUCGUCUCAGAGACGCUCUGCUGCAAAGUUGCUGAUUUUGGCUUGGCCAGGAUAAUAGAAAAUGAAUACCUGGCACAGGAAGGUGCCAAAUUCCCUAUCAAAUGGACAGCGCCGGAAGCAAUUAACUAUGGGGUUUUCACCAUCAAAUCCGACGUCUGGUCUUUCGGAGUUCUCCUCACAGAGAUCAUCACCUACGGCAGGAUCCCGUACCCAGGCAUGACCAACCCAGAGGUGAUCCGCAACGUGGAACGGGGCUACCGGAUGCCCUGCCCGGAUUGCUGCCCCGGCGAGCUCUACAGCAUCAUCCUGAAGUGCUGGCGGACCAGGCCGGAGGAGCGGCCCACCUUUGAGUACCUGCAGUCCGUGCUCGAGGACUUCUACACGGCCACGGAGAAGCAAUACGAGCCAGAGCCAGGGCAGUAGCACCAGGCCACUGUGCCUGCAUGAGGCAGCGUGCUGGAGGAGAGGGGCCGUCCCCGCGAUGCUGGCUGGAGGGGACUGUCAGGUGCCCCAUGGACCUCUCAGCUGGACCUGCUUCCUCCCCUUUGCUUCUGUGCCUUUGGGGAGGGGGUCUGAGAGGAGUGGGCAGGACACUCAGGACACAGAGACCACGAGAAGUGCAAUCCUCAGCCCCUGGCACGGAGGUCCCAGCCCAGCGCCUGAUGCCCAGAGUAGCCAGCAUUGCUGCAGCUGGGCUUUGUGGAGCCCCUGGCAGGGUAGAUGGCAAGCCAUAGCGACUGAAUCCCUCCGCCCUGGUCCAUGCCUAGCAGGGUGGUCCCUUGCCCUGCCCCUGCCAGUGCUGCAGUCUCCUUUAGGUCAGCUGAGCACUUUGAUUUCCAGGGCUGCCCAUCUUGGCGGGGCUUGCCAUCACCAAUAAAGAGCCCCAAUAGACAGAC